AUGGACUUCCUGAAGCCUAUCAGCUUCUUUGCUUGUCGCAAACCUGCGUUGUCUGAACUUGAUGAAUAUGUCUCGGUGGAAAUGACCAGUUCCGUCCCUUGGGAACCUUAUGACCCGGAAUCCUCUCACAUCAAACAAAAUCUACGAUGUGAAUAUCAAGGGGACAUUGCCACUCAACAAAUCUAUUCUGUUGACCGCUCGGAUCCCAACUACCGCUCUAUUUGCCCACUCGCUCUUCCUAUCGCUUUAGGGGACAGAGUUGAGGCGACCAUCAAUGGUGUUAAAACCCAUGGCAAGAGCUAUUUGGUCAAACCUGAACAACUUGCGCGAAGAUGGCAAAUCAGCCUUGAAUGUGCCCGUUGCACUCUCAAGAAAAUAACCCAGCGUGCUUUGCGGGACUGGACUAAAGUCGAAGGCUCAAGACUGCUGCCUGUCAAUGGGCCCGUGGCUACGCUUUGA